UUGAAAAUCUGAAAUAAAUUUGUUGAGAAUUUCAAGAAAAUGAAGACCAUGAAAGGAAAACUACUCAAGAAACUAAAGACAAUCAAAACAAUUGGGUAUUUAAAACCAGAAAGAAUCCUUCAUUCAAAUGCAUCAGAUGGGUAUAUUCAGUAUACUUCACCACCAAAAUCAACAAAUUCUCAGUUUCAUUGUCAAUCUCCAUUAACACCUGUCCAACUCCAUGAAGAUCCCAAAAAGAAUGUUGUACAAGAUCAAGAAGCUGAGAUUAUUGAUGUUUCUGAGCUAAUGAAAGACCUCGAAGAUCAAGAAAUGGAGGUUGAAGAAGACGAAAUCGACGAUAAAGAGAACAUAAGGCCUGCUACAAAUGUGAAAAAGUCUCAACCUUUGAGAGAAAAUAUUGAGAAUUGUAGCCCACUGAAGCCAAAAAAUGAGAGUUUUGAUGGGAAUUCUUUUACCCCUUUAUUAGACUUUGAUGUGUUGAAUUUUAGGCGACCUGAUUUGGAUUUGGGUACACUUUUUGAUCCAAAUAUUCUUGCUGCAUUUGAGGAAGCAGUCAUGGUUGUUAAAGCUCAAGAAGCAGAGAGAAAAGCCAAGAUUGAGGAAAAGAUUUUCAAACCACUAGAAGAAAGAAAAGAAGAAGAAGAUGAUGAAGAAAAGGAACCGCCUUUAAAAACUCGAAAAAUCGAGGAAACUAUAGACCCCUUAUUGGAGUUUAAAGAAAAGUGUCUACCAGGAGGAUGUGAUUCAGUGAUUCUGUACACAACAGGUCUUAGAGGGAUACGAAAAACGUUCGAGGACUGUGAUAGUAUUCGAUUUCUAUUAGAGAAUUUUCGUGUUAUGUUCUUCGAGAGGGAUAUUUCGAUGCAUUCUGAGUUUAAGGAAGAGUUAUGGAGAAUUAUGGAUGGGAAAGUGGUGCCACCAAGGUUGUUUAUUAAAGGAAGAUAUAUUGGUGGAGCUGAAGAAGUAGUGACAUUGCAUGAACAAGGGAAGUUUAGGCCACUUCUAGAAGGAAUUCCUAUUGAUAGUUUUCAAUGUCCAUGUGAAGGGUGUGCUGGAAUGAGGUUUAUUAUGUGUUUCAAAUGCAAUGGCAGCCAGAAAAUUGUACAGCUAGCCUUUGUUACUGUACUACUGCAAAAAUUUCAGCUGGAAACAGGUGCUGUACUUCAGGCAGCAAAGUGCAAUGGCAACAUAUGGAAAAUGUAUGGUAAAGGUUGUAGCAUAACUUCUUCCGCUAAGAAUGGAACUGCUGAAGUUAAAAUAAGGGAUAAGACCAAAGGGGCAAUGCUGUUACAGAAAGCUAAAGAAAUAGCACGAAAGUGUAAAUUGAAGGAAAUGCAUAAUGAUUCAGAACUGCACUACUCCUGUUCAAAAUCUAAGGGUGCAAAUGGUGGCAAGCUACGUAAGCCAGCUGCUCGAGCAAAUUCUGAUGAUAACUAUGUAUUUUGUCCAGCAGCUGUGGAUACUCGGCGUGCAAAUUUCAGGCAUUUUCGGCUCCAUAUGCUUAAGGGUGAACCAGUUGUGGUAACUAACGUUCUUGAUAAUGCAUUGGGAUUGAGCUGGCAACCUAUGUUUUUCAAAGGAUACAUGGAGGGUCGUUUUGACAGUUAUGGGUGGCCUCAACUCUUAAAGUUGAAUGACUGGCUGCCAUCAGGUCUAUUUGAUGAGCGACUGCCACGUCAUGGUGCCAAAUUUUCUAGUUGUUUACCUUUUAUGGAAUAUACGCAUCCUCAAUAUGGCUAUCUCAAUCUCGCUCUAAGACAUCCUGAUAACUGUUCGAAGCCAGAUUUGGGGCCUAAGGCAUACAUUGCUUAUGAUUUUCCUGAGGAGCUUGGACGUGGAGACUCGGUCACCAAACUACACUAUGCUGUGACUGAUACAGUUAGUGUGUUGAUGCACACGCAAGCAGUGGUCCCAACAGUUGAACAAUUCUCGGCCAUAGAGAACUUGAAACAGAUUCACAAAGCGCAGGAUCAAAGGGAAUUUGGAGCUGAUGCUAAUAGGAUGCAUGAGAGUAAAUCUGAGAAUAAGAAGUAUAGCCAGGAAAGUGUAAAAGCUGAGUGUGAAUCAGACACAAAUGUUAUAGACUUUGAACCGAGAUUGCCACAAAUAAAUAAGAACUGUGAAAUGGAUAACAGUAGCACCAUCUAA